AUGGGUGAGAAAUCAGCAAACCCCAUGGGUGAAAGUAGGCUGGUACGGGCUGGUACGGCGUACCGGGAAGAAGUGGCCACUGAGUGGAGAAGAACCCUACUAAAUGCAGUGGACGUGACUCUGGAUCCAGACACGGCUCAUCCCAACCUCGUCCUGUCUGAGGAUCGGAAACGUGUGAGACACGGAGACACACGCCAGGAUCUGCCCAACAACCCUGAGAGAUUUGAUUAUUGUGUCUCUGUCCUGGGCACUGAGAGGUUCACGGGCAGGAGGCGUUACUGGGAGGUGGAGGUGGGAGACAAGACUGAGUGGGACUUGGGGGUUUGUAGGGAAUCUGUGAGCAGGAAGGGGUGGGUCACAUACACACCUGAGGAUGGACUCUGGGUCCUGGGGCUGUGGAAUGGGGAAUAUGAGGCCCACACCUCCCCCUCAACCCCACUCCCCAUGAGCGUCAGGCCCAGCCGGGUGGGGAUUUUCCUGGACUAUGAGGCGGGCGAGGUCUCAUUUUACAAUGUGACUGACAGGUCCCAUCUCUUCACUUUCACUGCAGCCUUCUCCGGGACGCUCCGCCCUUAUUUCAGUCCUGGUUACAGCACUGGGGGUACAAACGCGGCUCCCCUGAUAAUCUGCCCGGUCCCAGCUGAGGCCGGAGGGAAUCUCUGUCCCUGA